AUGCCCUCUUUGACCACUCUUGCGAGCGCGCUCGCUCUCGUUCCAUCCGUCUUUGCCGGUUGGAAUGUCAACUCGAAGCAAAACAUUGCUGUGUACUGGGGACAAAACUCGGCCAACCAACAAAGCACACAACAGCGUCUUUCGACCUACUGCAGUGAUGCCAACAUCAAUGUUAUCGACAUUGCUUUCCUGAACGGAAUCACUCCUCCCAUGACCAACUUUGCCAAUGCUGGUGACCGAUGCGCUCCCUUCUCCGACAACCCUUGGCUCCUGAGCUGCCCUGAAAUUGAGGCGGAUAUCAAGACUUGCCAGGCCAACGGCAAGACCAUCCUCCUUUCUCUUGGUGGUGAUUCCUACACUCAAGGUGGCUGGAGCUCUGCCAGUGCUGCUCAAGCCGCAGCCAACCAAGUCUGGGCCAUGUUCGGUCCUGUCCAAUCCGGCAACUCUGCCGAGCGUCCCUUUGGAAGUGCCAUUGUGGACGGAUUCGACUUUGACUUUGAGGCAACCACCAACAACCUGCCGGCCUUUGGCGCCCAGCUCAAGAGCCUCUCAAACGCCGCCGGUGGCAAGAAGUACUACUUCUCGGCUGCUCCGCAGUGCUUCUUCCCCGACGCUGCUGUCGGCGCGCUGAUCAACGCCGUCCCCAUGGACUGGAUCCAGAUCCAGUUCUACAACAACCCUUGCGGCGUCAGCGGCUACACGCCCGGCACCAGCAGCCAGAACAACUACAACUACCAGACCUGGGAUACCUGGGCCAAGACGAGCCCCAACCCCAACGUCAAGCUUCUUGUCGGCAUUCCCGCUGGCCCGGGUGCUGGUCGUGGCUACGUCUCUGGCUCUCAGCUCACUUCUGUCUUUCAGUACUCGAAGGGAUUCAGCGGCACCUUUGCCGGUGCUAUGAUGUGGGACAUGUCCCAGCUCUAUGCCAACACUGGCUUUGAGGCCCAGGUUGUCAAUGCUUUGAAAUGA